AUGGCAUCACGGUGGGCGAAUGAGGAAGCAGACAAGGCCGAGGAAGCGCGUCGAAAGAAAGAAAAAGAAGAGAAGAAGCGCCUGAAACUCCAAAAACAGCAAGAGGCGGAGGCAGCAGCACAGGCAGCGCAAGAGGCAGAAUCUAGACCCGCAAAGCGACGAAGAUUAUCAACAGGAAACGAUGAUGAGGAAACCCCGAAGCUAAAAGAGGACCAAGUUGAGAGGCAGCUCUUACAAUUUGAAGGCGGACUUUGGGGUCCGUGCCGACAUAUUUCUAAUUUCGAGACCCUCAACCAGAUCGAAGAAGGCUCAUAUGGCUGGGUAUCAAGAGCGCGCGACAUUACCACUGGCUCAGUAGUCGCCCACAAGAAAGUCAAAAUGGACUACAAUCAGGACGGCUUCCCAAUCACCGCGCUACGAGAAAUCUCGAUCCUGCAACGCUGCAAACACACCAACAUUGUCGAUCUAUUGGAGGUUUUAUCCGGCGACGACCCACAAGAAUGCGUCCUAGUCAUGGGAUUCUUCGAGCAUGACCUCAAGACGCUACAAGAAGACAUGAGUGAGCCUUUUAUGGCGAGUGAAGUCAAGACGCUCCUACGGCAAUUGGUUUCUGGGGUUGGGUUUCUGCACGACAACUUCAUUAUGCAUCGGGAUCUGAAAACAUCAAACAUUCUACUUAACAACCGCGGACAGCUCAAGCUCGCUGAUUUUGGUAUGGCGCGAUAUGUCCCACCUGCGAAUGCGCCCCUUACACAGUUGGUCGUCACGCUAUGGUAUCGCGCCCCAGAACUCUUGUUAGGCACAAGAGAUUACGGGACCGAAGUCGACAUGUGGAGCGUAGGUUGUGUAUUCGGCGAGUUACUUGCCAAAGAACCACUAUUACAGGGCAAAAACGAGGUCGAUGAGCUUUCCCUCAUCUUCUCGCUCUGUGGCCUUCCUUCGGAAAAGACCUGGCCACAAUUUUAUCGCCUGCCAAACUCCAAAUCAUUAAAACUACCACGCGACCAUCGUAAUGCCCCAGGCUUCAACCGGGCAAAGUUCCCCUUCCUAACAGCAUCCGGUAUCGAACUCCUGUCUUCACUGCUAUCCCUGAACCCCGCCCAUAGGCCCACAGCACAAGAAGUCUUGGAACAUCCUUACUUCAAAGAGCAACCGAAACCGAAACAGACCGAAAUGUUUCCGACAUUUCCAAGUAAGGCAGGACAAGAGAGGAGGAGGAAGAAGAGUCCUAAUGCGCCGAAGAGGGGAGAGGCGCCAGGGGGGAUGCAGGGCAACCUGGACUUUAGCAGCAUCUUCAAAGGGCGAGAGGAGGAAGAGAAGGGAGCUGGGAGCUAUAACUGGGACUUCUCCUUCCUCCACCUCCACGGCCUCCUCUCCUUGGCAGACUAUCCCGCCUGCCGUAGCCUCCUCCCCCACUUCGUCUUGGUGGUGUUCUGGAUGGAGACCGACUGUAAGAAGACCGCGACAUGCUUCGCCGUGGUGAUCGACUGCGAGAUCGUGUGUACGACCGGGGUCGUCCUCCAUAACCCCCUCGUCCACCACGGCCGCCUCCACCUCUUCCUCGACCCCAGUGUCCUCGAUCAGGCGACAUUCGGCGCGGUGGGGAGCGAUAACGCGAUGGUCCGCGACCGCGAUCGACUGACUGAACGGGAACGUGUGAGCGACCGCGGUGUUACUGAGCGUCGCGGUGAUACUGAAUGCGCCGAACGAGGACGAGUGAGUGAUCUCGUACGCGACCUGUCGCGAGAAGGGCUGCGCGUGCGUGAGCGUGCGGGAGAUGGAGAACGAGACGGCAUGCUUUGGAUAGUGGCGCAGUUAUAA